CGAAUCUUCUGUGAUUAUAGUUACUGCAAAAUGUAUGGGAAUGAAGGGAUGGAAAGGCUUAUACCUCUUGUUAAUAAGCUUCAGGAUGCUUUCGCAUCUCUUAACCUUCCUCUGAACCUUGAUUUACCUCAGAUUGCAGUUGUGGGAAGCCAAAGUGCUGGUAAAAGCUCAGUGCUGGAAAACUUCGUGGGGCGUGAUUUCCUACCGAGAGGCAGUGGUAUAGUCACAAGGAGACCGCUUAUUCUGCAACUGGUCCAUGAUAAGUCAGUUGAAUAUGGGGAAUUUAUUCACUGUAAAAAUAAAAAGUUCACGGAUUUUGAUGACAUCCGACGGGAAAUCGAACAGGAAACGGACAGAAUCACUGGCUCUAAUAAGGGUAUCUCAAACAUUCCAAUCAACCUCAGGAUCCAUUCCCCCAGCGUCCUCAAUCUUACCCUUAUUGACCUUCCUGGAAUGACCAAGGUUCCUGUUGGCGAUCAGCCACCGGAUAUCGAAACUCAAAUCCGCAACAUGAUCAUUGAAUUUAUCGAGAGAGAUUCCUGUCUUAUUUUGGCUGUUAGCCCUGCUAAUUCAGACCUCGCUAAUUCCGAUGCCUUGAAACUUGCUAAGGAAUAUGACCCACAGGGUCUGCGUACUAUCGGGGUAAUAACAAAGUUAGAUUUGAUGGAUGAAGGAACAGAUGCACAGGAAAUUCUCGAAAAUAGAUUGCUCCCAUUACGAAGAGGUUAUAUAGGUGUAGUCAACAGAAGCCAGCGAGAUAUAGAUGGGCGCAAAAAUAUCACUGCUGCCUUGGAAGCCGAACGUAGAUUUUUCCUUUCACAUCCCAGUUAUCGUCAUAUGGCUGAUCGUAUGGGAACUCCUUAUCUCCAACGUAUACUUAAUCAACAACUGACGAAUCAUAUCCGCGAUACUCUGCCACAUCUACGUAGUCGGUUACAAGCCCAACUAAUUAGUUUGGAAAAAGAAGUUUCUGACUUUCGUAAUUAUCGUCCAGACGACCCAGCUUAUAAAACAAAAGCAUUGCUACAGAUGGUUCAGUCAUUUGAAGCAGAAUUUUCCCAAAAUAUUAGUGGACAUGUAGCUGACGUCAAUACACAAAUAUUGUCUGGAGGUGCUGAGAUUAAUCGCGUGUUUCAUGAACGUUUUAGAUAUGAUUUACUCAAGAUUGAAUUCGAUGAAAAAACUCUACGUAAAGAAAUCGCUGUUGCUAUUCAAAAUAUUCAUGGUGUCAGGCCUGGAUUGUUUACACCGGAUAUGGCAUUUGAUGCUACAGUACGAAAACAGAUUGAAAAACUUCGAAUUCCAUCAUUAAAAUGCGUUGACAUGGUUGUAUCUAAAUUGACCGAUGUUUUGCAACAAUGUAGUGAUAAGGUAGGACGAUUUCCACGGCUUCGUGAAGAAAUUGAACGUGUUGUCAAUAUGCGGGUUCGUGAAUUAGAAAUAGCUACUAAAGAACAAAUUCAAACAUUAAUUGAUUUUCAAUUAGCUUAUAUGAAUACAAAUCAUGAAGAUUUUAUCGGUUUCCAAAAUGCUGAGCAACGAGCAAAUGAUAGUUCCAAAAGUAAACUUGGCAAUCAAGUAAUCUGUAAAGGGUGGCUUAAUUUGAUCAAUCCAAGUCUAUUGCGUGGUGGUAGUCGUUAUUGUUGGUUCGUAUUAACUACAGAUACAUUGACUUGGUACAAAGAUGAUGAAGAACGUGAGAGACGAUUUGUUCUUCCUUUAGAUGGAUUAAAACAACGUAGCGGUGAUACAGGAUUCUUUUCAAAACGACCAACGUUUGUCCUUCAUCAUCCAGAUCCUAAAGUUAAUUUGUACAAAGAUCACAAAACUUUAGAUUUAUCUGCAGAUACAGAAGAAGCGGUUGAAGCUUGGAAAGCUGCUUUAGUUCGUGCUGGAGUGUUUCAUGAUCCAUCUGGAAAACCAGACGAACAGACUGAUGAUGGUGAUACGAAUAAAAUACCGACUGAUCCUAAACUUGAAAGACAAGUAGAAAUUAUACGUAAUUUAGUUGACUCCUACAUGAAAAUCGUUACUAAAACACAACGUGAUAUGGUUCCAAAAAUAAUUAUGCAUCAAUUAAUUAAUGAGAUCAAGAUUUUUCUAAAAGGCGAUCUCUUGCCCAAAUUGUAUUCACAAGACCCUAACAAUCUUAUGGAAGAGUCAUCAGCUGAGAAAAAGCAUCGUGAAGAAAUUAUACGUAUGUAUGAUUCAAUACGUGAGGCAUUAUCAGUUAUAUCAGAUGUCAUAGCUAAUACGCAUAGUGUCCCAUUACCUCCACCUGUUAGUGAUGACUGGAUUGAGACGGAGUUAUCUACUGGAUCAAAUAAUAUUCGUCGACCACUUCCUUCUAGUAAUGCAUCUCAUUCCGGUCAUCACAGUACUAGUACAACACAAAGACCUUUAAGUCCUAAUAAUAUCACAUCAAAUUCUAAUCGUCCCAUACCUUCAAGACCAGCACCAAAUUUACCUAUACGGCAUACUUUGAAUCCCCCAACAAUUGUAACUACAGCCCCUGGUCAACUUCCAGCUCCACUUCUUCCUCAACGAAUGCCACAAUUCAAUAAUGGUCUUUCUCAAAGUGCAAGUACUGGCAACCUUCCAGGUACUAUAUCUUCCGGUGGUAUUGGUGGAAAUACAUUUAUGACUACUAACCCAUCGAAUGGCUCAACACCAAAUACCACUUAUUCUACUACUAAUGCACCGUGGGUUUCAUUUGAUCCUCUUUUUAAUCAAUCCCAAUCAAGUGUAAUAGCACCACCGAUUCCACCACCGAAAUUAACAUCGUUAUCUGGUAAUCUUGGACAUCCAAGUAUACCAGAGUGAGUUUCAGUCAGUUGUGUUGAUAUUCAACUUCCAGUUAAUAUUUUGAUUACUAUUUGUUAUUAACAUUGAUUCUGUAUAACUUUUGUUUAUUUUAGCUUAAUAAUUAAUAUAAAGCAGUUUUUUUAAUUCGAAGAUCAAAUCUAGUUCACUUGCAAUAACGUAAAUACAGUAAUAUUUGAUGUUACAUGUGACUCCAUGUUAACAACAUUUUUAUAAGUUGACGUCACUGAAAAUGCUAUAAAACGUAACAUACUUUGGACAUUUGUUAUAACAUUGUACGUGGUCAGUAAAUUAAAUCACUUUAGAGACCAAACCAGUAGUCUUUAGGUCAUUUUCUAGACCAGUAACGCAUUCACAUUUUGUAUUACUACCAAGGUUUAGUUUGAUAUUUGAAGUAAACUUAUUUUGGGACAGUCUGUUUAUUAUAAAAAUAACAAUAAAAGGAACAAUAAAUCUCCAUUUACUAAAUUUUUAUUGACAUUACACCAACCGUUCAUUAAAUUCUGCUUAGAAUUAACUGAACCUACGAAAUAAGUAAAUUUUUUCCAUUACGAUCUACACUUCUUGCAUUGACCUUCAUUUGGUUUCGAACGAGUUAUACUACCACUAAUCCAUUUAUUCAUUGGAUUAAAAUCUGAUACAUUAUAUAUAUAUUAUGUGUGGCGCAUAUAUAUUUGGUGCCUUCUUGUACCAAUAUUUAUGUGUUCAAAUAAAUAAAUGAAUAAAUAAGUUGGCUAUAGAUGUAUUGUGCAUAAUGUGUUUUACUUUUAUUCAAACGUUUUCUGCAUUUUUUUUGCGCUUACAUUUUUAUUAAAUUUAGACGUCCAGGUAAUGUUGGUAUGCCGCGCAUUCCUCCUCGACCAACUUCAUGAAUCAGUGUGUUGUUUAUUUAUUUAUUCAUUCUAAUUUACGCAUAUAGUUUACGGAUUUAUACAUACAAAUUCCAGGUUAUUGUCCUUUCAAGUAUUUUUCCCCUCAUUUUCAUAAACCAAUUUUUAAAAAUAAUACUGUGUAUGCUCAACUGUUUUCUACCCAGACAUUUGUAUGGUGGUAUGUAUCAUGUUUUCACUGUUUAACAAGUAAACGAAAAUUUUAUUCAUUUCCUUGUUUACUUGUUUUUAUCACUGUUGAUUCCUAUUUUUCUCACAAUGCACUUUUAUCAUAGAGCCAAAUAUAUCCAACACAAAUGUAUUCGUUGGUCGAUUUCUCUUUCUACGCGUAUUUCGCUCGUUCUCAUUCGCUCUCUUAACACUCAGAAUAUUAUCCAUACACUCACAUAUGUAUCUGAAAUCUCUUCGGUUACCUGUGUAUCGUCUUUAUUUUUUUCAAAGAUCUCACGGGUUCUGUCAUUUUUUCCCAGUACAUAAUUUCAUUUUUGUGUAUAAAUGUGUGAUGUUUGCUUGAAUAAUUUCUAUUUUAAUAAUAAUUUUUGAUUUUUAUUUCAUGCGUUAAUGAUUUUGCUCAGUUCUAUAUACUACUACGUACUUACGCCUGUUACCCCUCGUGGAGGAGCAUAGGUCACCCACCAGCAUUCUCCAUACUACUAAUAUAUAUUCCGUAUAUUCGUCCGACAUUAUAUGUAGCCUUAUGAUUAGUUAGUUGUCUGGUUGGUCAACUGAUUUGAUUUUCUCUGUCAUUUUCGAUUAAGCAAUUAUUCUUCCAGAUUUCUAUUCACUCUUCAACACUUAAUUCCUGUUUUUUUGGUCAGGAUUAGUGUAUUAGAUGCAGUGAGAUUUCUCCCUACCUACUGUUCAUUUCGACCGACCUUACCUUUGAAAAAAUAAUAAAAUACUUGAUAUUGUUGUCGUUGUAACUCACUUCUUUGAUAAUGUUUGUUUAAUCAAAAUUAGACAAGAUGGUAAAGUUAGUCUUUUGCAAGUCAGAUUCUAUAUCAACUUGAUUGGCUUUCUCUGUACUAAUUCACUUCAAUUUAUUCAGUUUGUUCAAACUAUAGAUGCUUCUAGUUUAUUUCAAGAACUUUUUCUUUUUUUUUAGUGGUCAUCUAACUAUUGAAGUGAAAUUUUCUUUGAAAAACCUAAUUUUCCUAUGAAAUUGAAAUCGCCUUUCAUUUGUUCUUUUAAUGAAUCAUUUAAUGUCUUUUUAUACUUUAGUAUGUGAAUACUUCGUCAUCAACUUCUCUCUCCUUGGAAAUUAAUUAUUGUCUAAUUAUUUUGUUUCUUUUUUCUAAUGAAUUAUGUUUUAUUCGUUCAUUUGAACAGUUUGAAUUUUUAUUUAAGAAUAUAACUAUCCUUACUGCUUUUCUAUAAAAAGAUUGAAUCGAUAUUGUUUAUAUAUGAUGAAUUGAAAUGCAAAAUCAGUUUCUUUAUUUGUUUCAUUUGUUUAAAGAAAAUAAAUUUUCAGAAUG